AGCGAUUCAUAAGUUCAUAACACGGUGGUUGUGAGAUGUCUUGACAAAUGUAUUUUUUUUCAUACAGAAAGACAAAAAUGGAACAAUAUAGAAAGGAUGAAACGACUUAAACUCACUGAAUCUAUCGAGGUUUACCAGAGAAUAUUUAUAUCUCUAAUUAAAUAUCCCGCGCCGAAUGGAGAGUUGAAGUUGUCGCGAUCGUAGGUACCGCAAGCCAGAAACAUGGACGCGGAGACAAUGAAAAAUCUUGAUGCAGUAUACAAGAAAUGGCAGAAUCGUGCCGACCCUGCAGGCGGUGGAAUCUAUACAGCCGGUGACGCAAAUGAUCCUGGAAGAAAAGCAUGGCAGGACAAAUUUGGGGACAAUAUUCAAGCACCACAAAGAGCGCCUUCGAGAUUCAGGCCCAGAAAACGAAAAAACAAGGUGUGCUUUGUAUUCCUCGACUGCUCAUCUUAUGUAUUAGGGGCAACAGUAUACUUCUUUUGUUAUACUUUAUUGUAGCUUUUAGCUUUGGCAUUUUCUAAUACUUACGCCUGUAGAGAUUUAACAGUGGAUAAAUAAAUAUGAGUGAAAAACAAUUAACUGCAAAUGUAGGGCCAGGCUCCAAUACUUCAAAAGACGGAUAGCUCAAGACUAUGCACUGGACAAAUCUCCCUCCAUUGGAUAACUCAGUUGGUUUCCCUGAUAGUUUUCCGUUGGAUAGUGAUUUAUCCAGUGGGUAGCGUUAUCCAGUGUCUGAAUAACGGGCCAGAUAAAGCUCUACAGUGUACAGUUGUAUGUGCUACACUGAAAAGUGAUUCAUCCAAUGGAUCCAGUGUUAUCCACUUCACCUUGGAUCGUGAUCAGCUGAGGCCAUAAGUCCCGGUUCAGACGCUGAACUUUUCAUGAGCCGAACCUAAUACAUUGAAUUAAGUACAUGAAAAGUUCGGCGUCUGAAUCAGUUAGGAACACCUGUUCCAAGUUGCAACGGCUCAGCCGUUCUUUUCAGCUAGCCCAGCCAGGAAUUUUGAAACGGCUUUGAUUACGACGCCGAACUUUUCAUGUACUGAACCUAACGCAUAAAUUAUUAUAACGUAUUUUGUGAGCUGUUUGACCGAAAUAAGCAUUUUUCCCCUUUUGAGCUAAGGUCAGCUGCAAUUAAGGUCAGCGUCUGAAUCAAUUCAGCCGGUCAAAAUAAUUUGGGUCGACCUUAAUUCGCAUUAGGUUCAGCUCAUAAAAAGUUUGGUGUCUGAACCGGGCCUAAGCAGUGAAAUCAUAGACCACGUGUCUGGAAAUUUUUUUUCUUAAAUAGAAUGCAUAUGUUGUAGUUAAUUUUUUAUUUCAGUUAAUUUUUAUUUUUCCAUUGUUUUUGGGUAUGGUAAUGUAUGCUAAUGAAUUUAAAACAAAGGAAAAUCAAAACUUUAAAUAACUGAAAUAAAAAGUUAACUGCAACAUAUACUUCUAAUUCAAGAUUUCUCACUUUAUUUUUACCAAUAGUUCCCCAGUAGUUCAAAGUAGUCACUAGAAGAGUUCAUGCUCUUAGUUGAAUUAUUUUUAUUUCACUACAACAAAUACCGUAAAAUUCCGAAAAUAAGCCCCGGGGCUUAUAUUUUUCAAAGGCCCUUUUUGAGGGGUUUAUUUUUGGAGGGGCUUAUAUGCGGAGGGGCUUAUCUACGGAGGGAAAUUUGCGUCUCAAAAUUGAUUGGGCUAGCCUUAUAGUUGGAAGUAAAUUUACCAUUUUUGCUUUGUUUUAUGUUGUCUUUGAGGGCAAUUUUCCAAGUACAAGCCCCGGGGGGGGCUUAUAUUUGGAGGGGCGAUUUAACGGAGGGUUUUUUGCAUUACCGGUUUGGGGUGCUUAUAUUUGGAGGGGCUUAUACAUGGAGGGGCUUAUUUUCGGAAUUUGACAGUAUGUUGUGGCUCAAUUUUAUCGGGGGUUUAAGUUCUAAUUCCCGGCUUUGUUUGUCAGCCUCACCACCCUCAAAAACCUUCAAAAUUCAAUGAUGUUGAAGCUUUUUGCUUAUCUUAAUGUACUUCUUUUUUUUUCCUUUAGCAAGCAGAUCUCAGUUUCCAGCCUUUAACAGAGGUGAAAUUUCACGUGCCCGGUGCAGUGAUUCCUGCUAUUUAUAAAAGGAGACGCCCAGUUAUGGGAGCAUCUUGUGACAGAUGUUGUAAAGAGAGUAAGGUAAUGGCUGUGGAUAGAGUAGGGUUAAGGCUAUUAAUCUGACCCUUAUGACCUUAAAGUUUGAGGCACUGUUCAGUCGUCAAACUUUUCAAUGACCUUACAUGUACAGGUACAUGUAAAUCAAACAACUUUUUCCUUUUUCCUAAUGUUGUCAAUACAUCAUGGAAGGAAAAGGUAAUGAGAUGAUAAAAUGAUUGGUAAAGGGAGAACUUCUUCAAUCUGUAAUUAAAUCCUCUCUAAGUUUUCCCAAAGAAAAUAUAUGAAGAUCAGUGGGGAGAAUUUGUAUGGGGAUCUUGGGGCUUAAAGUGUUACGAUGGCCAAAGUGUACACUGUAUGCGUGUUGAUUCAAACCCCAAACUAAAUUUGCUUCGCUUAAUGAAAAUGCAGUUUGAGGCCUCAAAAUUUUAAGUUGUAAAAUUUGAGGCAACAACUUUUGCAUUAAGUUCAGCUAUAAAAAAAGCUUGAUAUUGUAAUCAAAGCCAUUCCAAGCAUAUCUUAACUGCAUUAUGCAUACGCCAAAAUUGUUUGAUAUUGAGUCCAAGAGUCUCGAUCUGAAUGUGUCAUCAGUAAAAUUGCUUAUUAUUUAAUAUUAAAUGGUCUUAACUUGCAAUAUUUUUCUCUGUAGAAACUCUUUGAGGACAUAACACCUUCUUGGGGAAUGCACAACAUUCUGAGCCAGAAUCUUUAUAAAAAGUAGGUUCUGUUUAUCAUUAACUGAAAAUUAAUUGAACAAUAUUUUAUUGUAGACUGAGGUGUACAUUUCAUAUCACUAAUUAACAAAAUUAAUAUUCCCCCUUAACUCUCAAAGGAUAAUUUUAUAAUAAUUUGUUAUUUUUCUUGAUUGUUUUUUCUAUUGUUAUAGGCAUAACUUGUUGAAAAGGAGCUUUUGUCACAUAGCCUUUGUCAGGGCUUGCAACAUCAGUCAUGAAUAUCCUGAUGUCAAACAAAACGUCAUGCAAUCUGCAAGGUAAGUAUCAUAUCAUCAGCAAACAUGACUUUCACACACUCAGCAUGUUGAAUGCUUAAUCAUUUAAUAAAGUUAGGGUGGUACUGGGAAAUUAAGGAGGCUCUGCUGGUUUGGUUUUGGUUUUCACUGACAGAUUUUGUGGACAGAAAUUGAAAAUAUUGUCACCAUUGUAAUAUACUGCAUCUACAUGUAGUGCUGAAAAAUUAAUUAUCCUCAAAUUUUGGGAGUUGUUACAUCAAUGUUGGCAGUGGUGUGCAAAUGCAUGCAACAACUCCCAACAAUGUGGGACCUACAGUGCAUUGUGGGAAGGAUACAACCCAUAAGACUUCGUAAACCACAUUAAAUGCGUGUGCAUGGCCCCAACAAUGUUGGGAGAGCUGUGCAAAUGGAUCCAACAUUGUUGCGCUGCACUUCAGCGAUCAUGGAACAAAAGAAAUGUAGGGAGUUUUUGGCUUUGUGCAACAACACGAGACAACAUGCAAUGGUAUGCAAAUGAAAGCAAUAAUUAUGUAACAUCCAACAAUGUUGGGAGUUGUUCGCCAACAAUAUUGCAUCCGUUUGCAUGGGCCUUAUAGCUUAAUUUGAUGUCGAAAUUUAAUUGCACAUAUAUUUUAUUAUACUUAUUAGAGUGAAGACUUGCAUCCUAACUCCAGUCUUACAAGAGCAUUCUCUAUCAGGUAAAAUAGUUAACGCCAGAGAUAAAACACUGAAGAAGUAAUUUUGAGCAAUAAUUUUAUUUCAUACACUUUUUUUCUUAUUUGUGUGCCUUUCAUGCUAUCAUAGUCAAUAGAUAGAUAGAUACGGCAGAUUAGGUUUUCUGGGAAAUGACUCUGACCAUACAAAGCAAUUUUAAUAAAAAGUCAAAUUGACUUAGUUAACUUAAUUGUAAAAAUUUCUUUCUUCUUUUGGUAGACCAAGAUAUCAAAGAGGCAGAGAAAAUAAGGCGACAGAGGCUUACAGAACUGGAAAAAGAAGCAGAUACUAUUUAUAACAGAAUGGCUGCCGUUAUUUACAGAAGAUUUAUCAGGUUAAUUUAAGUGACUGGUUAAACUAACUCUUACUACAUGACCCCUGUUUCAGGCUGUUACUUACCUUUGGAGUGGUUAGUGAUGGGGUAGCAUGUUCCGGGUGUUGAGAUAGUGGAACAUGCAUGAAAAAAAGAGCAAGUGAAAAAAAAUAAAGAAGAAGGAAGGAAACUUCUUUCCUUCCCCGCUCUACCCACUCCCCCAUCUUGUCACUCAUUUUGUUUUUAGCGCAUACUGAUCCAAAUGCCUAGAAAAGGCUUUUUUGUAGUUUUGUUAAUGUGAAAUUUCCUGUUUUGGUCAACGUAGCAGUAGAAAAAAAAAUAGACGAGGGCUCAGUUUCAAAUAGCCAGGAAAAAGUCAUUAACUGUAGCUUUAAUUGUUCUCCAGCGAUUUUAGUUGGUUGUUUUAUUGGCUUUAGGGACCCUUUCCUGCAGAGUGUUUUUGAUUUUACAUGUACACCCGAGGAGAUAACAGCUAUUUCGUAGAGGUACAUGUUCUGUGUAGUUUUACCCUCAGUUUGUUUCAAACUCAUCAUCUCAAUGCAUCCAGCAAAAGCAAAUUAGAUAAAAUGAAACCACAAUACAAUUCUUAAUCAACACAUUCUUGACAGGAGAGGGUACAUGUACAUGUAUGUAUUUUUAUGAUGCAGGUUCACUGCGUGGUUUUUGUUCAAACUGUUUGGAAGGCUGCUCUCUAGCAUACAGAUUCACAAUGGACAAAUGGACAUAUUAAGAGAAGCUUCACAGGUUAGCUGACUUUCCUUUUUGUGGGUAACUGCAAUCAUGGUGUAAAUUUGUUUAUUAAGGGAAAAAAUGAAAUUUGUCAAUGUCUUUUACAUUUUGAUGUACUGUAAUCACUCAUAGUUGUUUAGAAUAGUCCCUAAAUCAUUUCUCAGUCAAAAUAAUUAUGUCAUAAGUUGCCAAAAGCCGCUGACACAUUUGCAACUUUUUCAUUAAAACAAAUAAAAGAAAUAACAAGUAUUGCACUUCUUGUGAUCUGGGCUUUGUUGAUAAACUGCAGAUAAAAGGCUGAUUUGGAAGCUUACCUCUACAUAAUUAUUUAGUUUUAUAGUGCUUCCUCGCAUGGAGUUAUUAGACACCUUUAUUAGGUCUUCUUGGAAUAAUUGAGGUGUUGUCACAGCCAAACAGAAACUCAGCAUAUUUUACAGAAAACUGUAUGAUAUGAAAGAGUAUUUGAGUGUGAGUCCUUGUUCAGUGCCUUUUUACUACACUAGCAGGGGUUUCGUUUCAGGCCGGACACCAGGUGCAAUGUCUGACAAGUAAUCUCCAGUAGCUCGCACACAAAAUAAGUAUUUUUCAAGACUGAGUGAAAAUCGUUUCUUGUUUGAUUUUUCUGAUGAUUCCAGGCAACAACUGGACUGGACAUAUCUGUGUAUUACCUUUUGUCAUCAGGGACUCAUACACUCUUUCUGAUUGGAAUUCGUUUUGGAAUCAACUAAAAAACAAAAAACUGCAAGCCAAUAAUUAUUAUAAUUGCAAAAAUCAAAUAUUUCGUUUUAUUGUGAGCAUGUUCUUUUUUUUUUGCCUUAAAAGACUUUCCUGGUUAUCCAAUUCCAGUCCAGCGAAUGCAGGAAAUUGCAUUUUAGAGAGUUCAAUUUUAGAAAUUUCUUGGGGGAACAUGCUCCCUGGAACCGCCCCUCCCCCUGCACCUGCACCUGCAGCACAAACAGUACAAGUCUGCUAGCUGAACCUCUGCUUUCAAAUGCUACUGAAAACCCUGCACUAGUUUAAUAAUAAUUAUGUCUUACUACCUUUAUUACAUUGAUUAUUUUAAAACUUUAUUUUUUCUCGUUGGUUUGCAGGAUGAAAGACCUCUGGUGUUCUUACCACUUCAUAAAAGCCACAUGGAUUAUCUCCUACUCACCUUUGUCCUUGUUACAAGGGACAUAAAGGUAGGCAAUGUUGGCGAAAUAUCCAACAAAGAGAAUCAUUUUAUUCAAUAAAUUAUGUUUACCCACAAAACAGCUAUCCAACAAGAUAUGUGUUUCUUUAUUUUCCAGAUAGAAUAAUAAAGUUCUUAUCAGUAGAACUUUGGAAUUUUUUUGGAGGAGAGGAAACAAAAUUAUGGUGCUCUGAGAAAUACCUUUGGAGUUAGAGAGAAAACCUUCAGUCAGCUCAAAUCUUUAUGGUCUGGGCUAAGAACUUAGGCAUUAGCCUGGGCUUGGAAGAAAAAAUCUCUGAGUACUCCAAACUGGAGUUGAACCUUUGAUCUUCUAGUCACUAGUUCUCUAAUGUAGUUGCUUCUUCUGUUUAUUUAGGUUCCACAUGUGGCUGCUGGAGGUAAACAUUAUGCAAUUUAUACAUUCCCUAAACCAGGCAACUUUGGGAGUCCAGUUCUAGCUCAUUGAGCACUCUGACUCAGCCCAUAAUUAUUUGGAUGGUCAAACAUUGAACUGAUUGGCACAAUAUUUAGAAAUCGGAGAAAUUCACAGUGAUUUUGUUACAAGUAGUUAUGUUGAGUCCUGGGACUCAUCUUGUGAAAAAUCAUGAGUUCCAGUCCAGAACCAAUGAGUCCCAGUUAAAAAGAUCGAGUCCAAAAUUGAAAAAUGCUUGGGCCUUUAUGGAAUCAGACUGUUAAUCUGAAGACCGACUCCAAUACUCUGUAUUACAGUAUAAUGAAAUUAAAAUACAUGUAUAGUCCUUCUAUUUUAAAGCACGACAAAGGCUAAAAGAAAUGUACAUUGUUAAACAACAGCCGUAAUAACUGCCACAGACAUUACACAAACGGGAUAUUUCUGCAAAUACACAUGUUCAGAUCGAUCGAUCGAUCUUAGCGUCACACGAGACGCAUGCCAUGAAUUAUUUUGAGUCUUUAGGGAUUUUUAUGCAUCAAGGAUGCAGAUGAAGUCAUCAUUUAAAAUACAAACAUGGCACAAACUAGUAUCACUUUAUUUGGUGAUCUAAUUCAAUAUCUGCAGGCUAAAUAAACCAAGAAAUGUAUAGGACGAAAUAUAUUACGAUUAAUACAAGUAAUUUUCUCAAUCUAUGUGUGUUUGUUCUGCCCACAAGCAGGUCCAUCCUUAUAGUUCCCAAUCUAAGGUGCGUCUAUCCGCUACGGAAGGGCCGGCAUCCUUCACUCUAUCCAGCAUUCCCGCUCGAGGUCUUCCAGGUGGCCUCUUCAGUCAAUACCUGAUUCUAAUGGGAUAAUAAAUGACAUAACCUUAUUUCAAGCCCUUUGCAACUUUUGUAAAGUUCUAAUACAUGCACUGAUGUACUAUUAAGGAUUUUAAUUAUUAAAUUAAUAAAUCUCUUUAUUUUGCAGAUAAUUUAAGGAUUCCAGUUUUUAGGUAUGAUUUAACCAUAUUGUCUUAAUACAAAAUCGUGAUAUUGUGACAUGCAACUCAUGAGCGUUACAUUGUUCAUGUUUCUUCCAAUAGCUGGAUGUUGAGACAUCUCGGUGGGUUUUUUAUCAAGCGUAAACUGGAUCAUUCCUCACGAAAAGAUGAACUGUACAAAUGUGUGUUACAAGAGGUGAGGAUUCUACGUUAAACUGUCAUCUGAUGCUCUCUGUUAUGAUUUUCUCCGAGCUCAUACUUGAAUGGUUGUGAUCUGUGUUUCAGUAUGUGGAGCAGCUUCUUCAGAAUGGACAAUACCUUGAGUUUUAUAUAGGUAAGUCAGUGGAACGACUUUUCAUGCCGAUUGCUAAGGUGUCUACAAUCCUGGACAAAAUUACUUGAGAAAAUGUUUUCAUUAAUGCGCACUAUUUAACGCAACAAAACUAUUCCCAAAUCAACGGCUUUGCGUAAAGAAACCCCCCUCCCCCAGUUCAAAGUUGCUUCCUACAAAUGCUUAGGGAUCCGGCUUUCUUUUGAAGACCCAACAACACUGCUUCCAGGGGGAGAGGGGGUGGGAAGAAUGGGUCGGUUACGAAGUUUAGAAAAAAUGACCCCCAAGAAGGCAAUUUUCUCAACAGUUUUGUCCAAGAUUGUAUAUAAGGUGAUUCGCGUUUUUUAGCAAGAAUAUUAACAUGGACAAAACGGAAACCUACCAAUAAAAAGCACUUUACAGAAGCUCCUUUAAGCACAAAGUUUCACGGCACACCAUCUUCUCAUAGAAAAGUACCACCUCAUACACGUUUUUUGCUGCACCCUCUUAAAACAGUAAGAUUUUGCAGUACAUGUGCAGUAGCCGUAGAACGCGUGCUCAUUGUUACAUGUUUUCGUGUUGUUCAAACCUGGCAGGCUUGGAAAGUGUGGAAAGUGAUUGAUAGUUUUCAGAAGAGUCAGGACAAGACUUGGAUAACGGUUUUCUUAGAAGAAAAGAAGUUCGUAGUGUUUAUUUAGUGACGUAUAGUGAAGCCAAUAUGGAAGCGUAUCCCGUCACGUGGAAACUGCUUCUCAGAUCUUAAAAUUGGCUAAAGUAUGAGGGUUACAGAAACCUCGUUUGCUACAAAUCGGUUAACUUUUUAUGACAAUUCCAUGGAUAGAAUAAUGUUACGAUUAACAAAGCAUUGAAACGGUUAACAUCAUUUCGUUUUUAAAAGUAAAUGACCUUCUGAUUCUUUUGAAACGUCCUUGUUAAUCGUUGUUAACCGUUGCGAAUCUUGGUAGCACCCUAACAAUGUCCUGUUAAUCGUUCCGAAUCUUAGAUAUUGUGGAGAGAAAGAGAUUAGAAGACAACUAUGGCAAUUUUUACUAUCUCUUGCUUUGCAAAUGAUGAAUUUAUCUCAUAAUUUCUUCCAGUCAUAUGUAGCUAUAAAUAGCCCGAGGGCAAAACAUGCACUCUUACAGGUCACACGAUAGUACAUGUUAUCACGUUACCGUGCGUGACAUUUCUAGAUUUCAUAGUGUGAUUUUUUGCACUGCACAUCGCUACAAUGUCAAAAGUAAGCUUUCAAAUUUGGAAAGUAAAAAUACAAGUUUUGUUAAUAUUUCACCCUCUCUCCAUUUGAUGCUGUUAUUAAUGGCAAGCGCUUGUUCAUUGACUUUGAUUGUUUUAUCUAUUUCGCCGAUGGGAAAAUUGUUCAAAGUAUGGGUCACGCGCUCUGAAAUUUCAGCAAAAGUUUCAUGUGUUAUUUGUUGGUCGAAUCGUAGCAGGUGAAAUUCCCGUUUUCUGCCUAAUCUCCUUGACGGAGACGUCCUUCUCGUCCGCCAAAACCGUAAUGGAUGCCUGCUCCUCUGCACUCAAAGCGCGCGUAAAAACCCUGCGUGGAAAGUGAAAUUCACAGACGUUCACGAUUGGUUACUUGAAUCAAGAAAGACAUCCAAGUUGAUUUUCUUGUCAUCGCCUCCUCUGUUGUCACUUAUUUUCCAUUAAUUAUCUACUUUUCUGUGAAAUGUACGAAAAAAAUAAAGAACAGAUUUAUGUGCCCGCGUUAAAUGCUCAAAAUCGACUUUUCCAGUCAAAUACAAUCCUGGACAAAAUUACUUGAGAAAAUGUUUUCAUUAAUGCGCACUAUCUAACGCAACAAAACUAUUCCCAAAUCAACGGCUUUGCGUAAAGAAACCCCCCUCCCCCAGUUCAAAGUUGCUUCCUACAAAUGCUUAGGGAUCCGGCUUUCUUUUGAAGACCCAACAACACUGCUUCCAGGGGGAGAGGGGGUGGGAAGAAUGGGUCGGCUACGAAGUUUAGAAAAAAUGACCCCCAAGAAGGCAAUUUUCUCAACAGUUUUGUCCAAGAUUGUAGCCUAGGCAAGCUCUUCUUUGUACCAAGGUAAGAUUACAGUCAACAGGCAGGAAGUUCUCAUGUUUAAUAUACAUGUACGAGAAUUGCUCUAUCUAAUAAGUGAGAGUUGUUUCACAAUUUAAUUAGAAAGCAACGUAAGAGUCAUUCAUGUUCACCGACCGGCAAUGAAUCGCGAUCAGGGUACCACCUUCCUCCAAUUUAGGGAGCAAAUUUGCAGCCUUACAAGCGCCUCUUAUAAAGGGAUUCGGAUUAACCUGAGAUCAGACGUUCGUUUUUUUCGAGGAAGCGCCAAAUUGGGAGGAUAGGCAAAUGGGAAAAAAAGAACAAAGAACAAAGGAUUUGAUGAACGACCGUCUGAUCCAGGUUAGGUUCGGAUGGGAUCUGAAGAAUGUUUCUCUCUAACGUGUUAGUGAUAUUUUUACCUGAAAAUAUCUGCUGCGCCUUUUUUCCCAGCCCACGUCUAGCUUUUUGGAUAUAUCGUAAAACACUCCUUGUAGUGCUGGAAACACUACUCAGUAGUACUUACAAAUGUGUGAUUUUGUUAUUGUGAAUUGCAGAAGGUAGUCGAUCGAGAACUGGAAAGGCUAUGGUUCCCAAGUCAGGACUGCUUUCAUUGGUGGUCAAUUCAGUUACAGAAGGUAAAUUUUCCAACUGCCCGCCAGUUGUCAUAUCUCAAAAGUCACAAGUAACGAGGAAAUGUUAAUCAAGAGUCAUCAGUAUUUGUUAUAAAGCCAUUGUAAGUCCAUGAUACACUUACAAUGACUUUUUGCAGGCAUUUUUUCCUUACGUUUGUACGUUUUUUUUUUAGGUGUUGUACCAGAUGUUAAUAUUGUGCCCGUUAACAUAUCUUAUGAAAAGGUAAAGACUAAGAGUAGUGAUGUAGGGACCGGUUAGGCCUUUUUUUGCAGAACGAUUCAUUAACUUGCGGAGGAAUAGAUUAACGCCGAUGACGUCAUAGCCAUUUGUCUUUAUCUCAUGAAUGAAAUGCAGAAGAUUAGAAUCUCAUUAAAAUAAGGUAGUAGUAGUUGUAGUAGAUAAGUAGUUUAUCCGUGACUUAAAAUCACUGGAACGUAACGUAAUUAUGCUUGUUCUAUUUCCUGCUGCUCUUAUUGUCCAACCGUUGUUAAAGUUCCGGUUCGCAAUUCCUGGCACGCAAAUUUCGGUAGCUUUUUUUUGCAUCAAACUAGUUAGUGCCUUUUUGUUCUUGAUUAAGCCCCUAUCGACUCCUAUUUCUGCAAUUCCAUCUAGGAACGUGUUCAACGCACGAGGUUUGGACACGCUAUCGCUAUGUGGUAGUAGUGCAUACUCAACUAGUUCGGCGAUGUUUGUCGCGGAAAUUAUACGUUUAUUUCGAAGUAACUGUCCGUGGGAAGUCGGAAAGUCCAGAAUAGAAUAUUUCUGGAAUUAGGCAUGCUAUGCGUCAAAUCAGAAGCACGCUCUUUAGACACCGCUUGGGAAAGAUGAUUCAAAACAGCUUUGAUCCUUGGUUCUUCAUCCUCGGUAUCAUCACAACUUUCAUCUCGAUCAGUGUUGGGGGAAGGCAGGCUUCGAAUGAGUAACUUAUAGCUUCGUUUCCUCUUUUAUAUCAGCAAAAGUCAUAAGCUUGUAACAGCAGGGACCAAUGGGUCUUGAAUAAAACUACCACCCUCUUGUACAAGGAUUCGCUUCGUUGUUUUGUAAGGGACAUUUGGUGAAGGUUAAAGGAAAAAAUUGGUUUGGUUGUACCCUAAGUACUAUGCAAAAUUUGCGCGCCAAGAAUCAGUGAACUGGAACGUUAACAAUUGUUGGACAAAGAAAGCGACAGGAAAUAGAACGUGCAUAAUUACGUUACGUUUCAGUGAUUUUAAGUCACGGGUGGCUUCAUACCCAAAUAAGGGCAUGACCUUAUCUUUAAUGAGAUUCCUCCGCAUUUUAUUCGUAAGAGAAAAACAAAAGGCUAUGACGUUAUCGACGUUACUGUAUUCCGCAAGUUAAUGAGAUUCCUUCGCGAAAAAAGGCCUAACCGGUUUCUAUACUACUACUGUGCCACUACUACUAAGCCCCGGUUAUUCAGGCUUGGGAAAGGGCUAUCCACAGAAUCACUCACUAUCCACCGGAUAAGUAUUCAAUUGUGGUAACCAAUUGCGCUCUCCACUGGAUAGAGAUUUAUGAAGAGGCUAGCGUCGUCAGCCUUUUCACAAACUGGGGCCAGAUUCUAAUUAAAUGAAAUCUUAAAUAUUUUUCUGAUCUUGAUGAACAGAAAUUAAUGUUCUGCUAACGUGGAAUAACUGUUCGUUCAUGUAACGGUUAUGUUACUUUCAACAUUCUAUGAUCAGUCUCGCUGGCUUAACUUUGGCAUCGUAUUUGUCAGUUUUACACCAUUUUUCUUACUUAAGGGAUUCCGAUAAAAUAUGCAGAUAAUCGUAUCUUUUUUUUGUUACGUGCGUUGGCUUCAUUUCCUCGUUGUUUUACCUAAGAAAUCAUAACUUCAAAUUUUAUUAAUUUGAACAACUUAUAUUUUUCCAGGUUGUGGAUUCAGGUUAUACAAACGAACUGUUGGUAAGGUCCGCUUUAGUUUUCAUAAUAUUUGGUGACAUUAGCGGUGUUUACGCCAGGAGAAGUUUGAGUCUUGAAUUUGAGUCUUUUAGUUCAAAUACUGAGAGAAAAUAACCCGAUAAAGAAUUGUCUCGUUACAGGGUGAGGUAAAAAGACCAGAGUCUUUCUGGAGAACGAUCAAGAGUAUCUGGCGGGUCAUAAGAACCACGUAUGGCAAUGUUAGGCUUGACUUUGGACAGCCAUUUUCUCUUCAGGUUCGUUUCCUUCGUUAACUUUUUAGAGCGGACGGUGAUUUGUUUAAGAAAUUUCUCUGAAACGCAGCACAAGUAAAUUUUUAUUCCAACGACGAAAGCACAUUACUCAGUACUUUUAACCAAACACAAAAUCCUCCUGUAGAGUUCUGAAGAAAAUAUCAAACAAGCACUAACCUUGGAGAUUUGCGCAGGCAUAGCAUUAAAACUUGAAAAAUUUGUCCCAGCUUUUUCAAGUUUUAAUUCAUGUCCAUCGUUGCAACAAACGAAAGGAAAUCGUGUCAGUCGAAUGUCUAAAUAAAGUCUUGAUACAACCUCGUGAACUGGACCAUUAUGGUUUGAAUUCAGUUGAUGCGAAGACAAGCUCUAGCUCUUGCAGAAGACAGUGGCAUGUGCCGAAUUUCUAACCUCAGUCGUCAAUGAGCCCGCGUAGCUAGUUCAGUAUCUCAGCGGUGGUCCAGAUAUUGCUGGUUUGCACGUGACGUCACGGCGUCAUGUUGGUGGUCAUGUAAAUUCUUCGAGAGAAAAAAAAAACUUUUGUAUUGACCCCUAACAUGUCCGCAUUAUCACGUGGUUGCAAACCAAGAAUUGUCCUUUUAAGUGUGAGAAACAGAGGUAAAUGUUAACAACCUUAAUAAUUUGCCUUUAAACAGGAGUUCUCUCGAUCCAUGGACCUGUCACAGCCCAUGAAGGAUUUUGCAUCUAGCCUAGUUGCCAAGGCAACCGUUAACUCCUCGUCCCGGUCCUCUCUCUUGCGGAACUACUCGGACGUAUCGCUGAGUGACAUGGGUGAUGACAAGAGUUUUGCGCUAACAAAGGCUCUUGGCUACCAUGUCGUUUACGGUUGGUUUAAUGCUGUCUUUAAAUCGAGUGUAAAAGUUCUUUUUAAAGAUAAUAGAGCAAAGAAGUGAUGACAUCACAAAAGCUAAAUUUAUUAAAUUAUGGGAUUGAUGGUAGUGCUUUAGAAAGAACAAGAAAAAAAAAUGCCCGCUUGCCAAUAAUCUGCGUGUUAGUGCAGUUUGGUGGCGAGAUUUUAGCAACGUUGUGCUCUAACGACUUCAAAGUUUGACCAAGAUCCUUGAGACCAUAAAAUUGCUCAAACAUGCUGAUUUUUGGCAAGUGGCGAUUUUUAUCUUGUUCGUUCUUGAAACCGGAAAAUACGCGGCAUAUCUACAGUCUUUGACGGUUAUAAUUAGUGUCUGACUGUAAUUACAUGUACCCUAUCGAAAUAAAGUGUCAUUUAUACCUAACUCCAAUAUUAAGUGUACAGUCAACUCUCGCCUUGCGGACACCCCGCUAUAACGGACACCCCGAUAAUACGGGCAGCAGCGAAAUCCCUAGCAAAAACAAAUUACAGAUGUUUGACUGAAAUCAACUCUCGCUAUUACGGACACUCGCUAAUGAGGACACUAACUCGAGGUCCCCACAGUGUCCGCUAUAAAGGGAGUUGACUGUACUGACUAAACAGCUGAUGUACGCAUUUUUUGGUUCUUAGAUGCGGUUAAUUGCUGUGCUGUGAUGAGCACAAACAUGGUCGCUUUCCUCCUGUUAAAUAACCACAGACAGGUUAGAGGCCAUUUCUUUAACUUCUCAUAUUUUGAGUUGCUGUACUUCAAGUAGUCCCUGUUAACGCAGCAGUUCAAUUUUUUGGUGGUCACGCAACGCUCCUCCCCGGUAUGUUGGGGACGGGAGCGUUUGCAUGACGACCAAGUUUUCGUUUGCAAGUUCCAAUUUCUUUUUUUUUCUGUGUGUUGUUCAAGGGUACAACAUUUGAAGAACUGAGUGCGUCCUUUGAACGGUUGCGUGGAGAAAUCAUUUCGCGUGAGAGGUAGGUGACAUACUUAAGUCGCCCGAAACCUACCUGAAAAAGAGAAAAAAAGUGGAAGGAGAAGAGGCAAUUUCGGAAAUGAAAAUAGUGGUUGUAGUGGAAUGAAAUAGAUGCCCUUUUUCUGUAUCUGGCCUAAGCUUCUUUUCUCUAUCUUUGGAAAGACGAAUCCGUUCGCUUUCCGUCUAUUUUUUCUGGCCUUUUCUUUGUCUUUUUAUAUUCGUUCUAUCCCUCAGCGUAGCUAACUAAAGUAAAUGUUAUAUUCAAAGCUAAAUACAAUAAACAAUAUAAGCGCCACAACGACUUUAUUCUAACACGCGCUGUCAUGAUCUUCGUUUGGUUUGCAGGGAUGUGGGGUUCUCUGGGGAGAAGGCUGCAAUUAUCCAUCAUGCCUUGCGGUUACUGGCCGAUGACGUCAUAGUCACUGAAGUACAGAAGUUUAUUAUGGAGAUUCAUAUUCAGCCCAAGCUCGUUUUACCGCAUUUACUCAACCUGACUUUCUACAGCAAUCAGGUUAAUAACUCCUUCCUGUUCAUCAUAGACACCCUGCAUAGCUCAGUGAACCAGGUGAACUCAGGAGUGAGUUAUCAGCCCCGGGGGGAACCAUCCCUCGUAUAAAGCCUGAGUCAGUGUGUUAAGUUUUCAUGCUAUCACAGUCAAGCCAGGUGACCCCCCUUUAAGAUUCUAGUAAUGAAUUUAUUAUUCGAAAGUUGAGUCCUUUAAUUUAGUAGCUGUAGAUUUCAGGUUCAUCUCUGCAUUCCUGCAUGCGCAAUGCCGAGCAGUGAAUUCACACGUGAGGUUCUUGUGAAAUUUCUGCCUGCUCAGUUUUCUUUAAUUGAUGUUAAUGUCUUCAAAGCAGUUUUAUACAUUCAAAGAUUCUUCAGUCUGGCCGAAUACAGGGAGCUUAUCAUAAAAACUUCACUGCUCGUUACGUAUGCAGGAAUGAAGAUUUGAAUUUGAUACUGGUUGCAGCAACGACUAACGGAUUCCUUCUUUAAAUAGGCGAUUAAUCAACGGGAUCUAUAGGUACGCUUGACCUGGCGUGACGGUAGUGGUGAGCUUUCUACGCAACAGGACUGCAGAAAGAAGAGGACGGCAAACCGCUUUUGUGUGACAAACGUGACAGGGCUAUUACUUGCGGUCCUUGCGUGUUUCGUAGCGAUCUUCACUUAACAUUACUGUGUUCUGGUCUUUUACAAAAAUAUCUGCUUACACUAGAGGAAGGUGAAGUUUAGCAGAAAAUGCUUCCAAGCAUAAUUAUUGUCAUGCCUGUCCCCGGGGGGGUACUCCCAUACAUUACCUCUACGGGUAUGUGCCGCCCAACGGGGUCGCGAUUUUGAAGCUCCUGAUUUAGAACGGGGUAUCCAUUUCACAGGCGUUUUCUAGAACUGGGUAUAAUAUUUCGAACGCACGAAAGUACCAGUUUUGUAAGCAGCCAUUUGAAAUUGUUCAAGGACAGAUUACUUUUAAAAAUACGGUUCAGUGCGUUAACAAGCAGACUGUUGUACUCUUGUUGCACCCUAGAACGGAGUAUAAAAAAAUUGGCCCAUUCCUAGAACGGGGUAUCAGUUUUAGGGCAAAUUCUAGAACGGGGUAUAAAAAAUUGGGCCAUUUCUAGAAAGGGGUAUCAAUUUUAGGAGAAAUUAUUUUUAGAACGGGGUGCCAAUUCGGAGUCCCGGGCGGCACAUACCCACCCAAAAAAUAACCAAGUGCCCCCCCCCGGGUGCCUGUCAGACAAGGUUUGCCGUCGUCUUUCUUCUGCUGUCCCAUUGCGUAAGUUCACCUUUGCCUUAUGAUGACAUGCCAAACGGCGUGACUAAAUUCGAAUGUUCUACUUUAUUGCAGGUUGUUUCGCUGUUUGCUUUGGACUCAGUGCUUGGUACGCUUGUGAAAGAAAAUGAUGAUUGUUUUUAGUGUUGCAUAAAAAUAUUAUUUGAUUAAAAAGCAAGAUCUUUUCAUUUCUAUAAAACAAAGUGAAGAUUUGUUGACAGAAAUGAAGGAAAUUAUCAUUGAAAAACUGAACUCUUAUUAUCAUCAGCUUGCGGUAUCACAGCGGCGGCUGAGGACAGUGAAUCAUACGACUCAGAAGACAUCGAUGGAAAGAAAAUUGUAUCUCAAAAAACGGUAUGGGCAUUUUAUACGUUAUUGCUUCUGAUUAAGCAAAAACAGUAAAACAGUGUUCAAACAAUUAUGUACAUCGCACAAUACCUUAAAAAUUUGCAGUCAUGCAUGAGUCAGUAGACACCCUUAAGCCUAGGCCAAACGUCGAACUUUUCAUGAGAUUUACCAAACUUUAAUUUGGGUCGACCAUAAUCAAGUUAAGAUCGCGUAGAGGACGCAUCGAAGCGAUCAACUGAAUCAGACCAAAAAAGCAGUUUUAAUAAAAAUUCUUCCGAAAUACAAAUUUUUGAUUUAUUAGUUUAGUUCGUCGCAUGUGAAGAUCGACGUUUGUCGAGACGAACUUCAGGCGCUCUGACGGCAGUGAAAACGUCGCUGAAAAGUGAAUUCGCGUUCUUUCAAUCUUCAUCGCGAUUACUCCAAGUCACUAACUUUGUCAAAUUUAGAUCAACCUUCCUAAAGUUGAAUUUCUAAGAACCAUAUCUAAGUUCAGAAAGAGAGAUCGGAAAUCUCAUCAUCGCUUGUGAACUUCCUCUGUACAUCGUGAAAUUAGGCAUUUUCACGUCGUAGUCGUGCAGUGACGGCAAAGAAAUGUACAAGAAAGCGUGAUGCACGUGCAAACUUGUUGUUUUGCUAAUUAAACCUAUUGCUUUUGUGGCGUUGCCGUCGCGGUCGUCGGAUCUUAAGUUCCCUACUAAGACGAACUUAACUGAGCAAGACGUCAAACUUUUCAUGAACUUAACUCACUAAGUUUGGUUCGUCUCAUAAAAAGUUCGACGUUUUGCCUAGGCCCAAGACGGGUACGACGACGAGAACGAGAUUUUUUCAAUACUAAGUAGUGCUCGCGCGUGAACCAGCGUCAUUUUGGCGGGAAAAUGAGCCAUCGUCAUUUUACUACUAUUUUAAUCGAGAAUGUCGUAGUGGCGAAAACAAGUUAGCAAAUGUUGAGAAGUUUUACCAUUUUGCGAUCGGGAAAAAAUGGUAAAAAAAGGUAAAAUGAAGGUUUCUGGGGUGUCUAUCUUUUGAGAAUACGCGAAAAUUCUUAUCUCAAUUGAGGUUUCUUUUUUUAUCGUUUUAGAUACUUGAGAAGACGAAACAGUUAUGUGACAUUCUUCAGAGAGAGUUUAUCUUUGUACCGGUGAGUGGUUUUCUGAUUUUCAAUUUUUAACAAAAACAAUGAACAGGGGGUACUGCGUUUUCUUUGAAAUAUCACUGAAAACAAUAAGACCUUCUUGCAUCUUGACAGGUCACCUUAUUUUCGCGAAAGAACGAUAAGGCCGCACCUAGGAACAAAAAUUUCGUCCAAAAAGCUCUCCGCGGGGAGGAGGGGAUGGGUUGAUGAUAGGGCAAAAAAGGGAAAGGCAAGCUCCCCCACUCUCCUCCCUUCCCCCCCCCCUCCACUCCGAGAACUUGCUCGCAAGCGAAACUGCUGCAUCCUUACAGCAACAAUGCAUCGCUUAUCGCUGAUUUUUCACGUAUUUUUACUACGCUCUUCCUGUACCACUGUUAUCGCUUUUGAACAAACCAUUGAAAAAGAAAGGAACCUUGUGUAGUAAUGUGUUACUCGCAAACACGAAGUUUUAAAUUAGCCCCACUUCCGUCGCCCUGAAAUAAGUCGCUUACCGACAAGUCCAAAUAUUUCGUAAGCACCGCGGGGCUUUUUCGAGUAAGUACGGUACUCAGUUGGGGAUGGGAAAACUUUGGACCACCUUAACUUUCCUUGCGUUAGCCAGUGCUGCCUUGUUUGAAAGUAAAUUUUGGGGAGUGACACUUUUGUAUCGGUUAUUCAAGUCUUUUUUUUCUUUUAGCCGUGCAUUUCACUGGAAUCUGCUCUGAUAGAAGCACUGGAUAAGUUCACAGCCAGCGAGACUUUGAAGAUUAUGCAGGUGAGUACGUUCAUGCAUGUUUCACGAGUCACGGGUGGCCACUAGCAAGGAGAUUUCGCAACGACGUGUCAGUAACAGCGACAAAAUCAAGCGCAGUUCACUCACAGGAACACGCAAGAGGGGCGUUUUGGCGGAACAAGUAGUACCAAGGAGAAGGUGAAAUCGCAAUGUCCACACUGAAAAUAUGUUACGGAGCCAUUUAUUUUGGUUGUUUUGCCCAUUUCACGAACACAAGAGAUUCUUCUCUGUAGUAGUAGGGAACGUUGUAUACAACUUACAGUAGUCAUUUUAACGUUCAAAACAGAUGGUUUUUCCUUUUGCUAAAGACCCCCUACCCCCCUGUUCAAUGUUGGGAUAUUCAUAUAACAGAAAAAUUUAAACGCGCAAAAACACUACGGUUUGGAUCAACAUUAGUCUAGCGGCGGGAGGAAGAAGGAAAAAGGAGGUUUAAAGUAGUAGCCUUCCUAAAACGUUUGACGAUGAUUAUAGCCUAUUCACAGCUGCUCAACGUCUCUCCCUGAUUUUGUUUGAGAGGAGGAGGCGGCUGUAUACAGGCUAUGGAAAAACUCACGUUAAACUCAAGUUAAUCUAUUUACUUCAGCAAAGUACCGCAGGUUCGAGAGGCGGAGAUUGGGGAUGGGACGAUGAACACGACGCAGAUAUGAGCAUUAUCGACGUCCCAGAGGUUGAUUAUAAGGUCAGUCUAUUGUUCUGUUAUAUGUUCCGCAUGUAAUGAAGGAUGAAAAUGAUGUUGAUGGCGACGAUAGUGAUGAUUGAUAGCUGAUGAUAAUGAUGAUGAUAGCUUACGAGGAAGCUCUCAAGGGGCGAGGGUGAGCUUGCUCGCAAGGUAUGACGGUAAGGAUGGUGAUGUUGAUGAUGAUAAUAAUGAGCUUACACAACAGGACGGCAGAAGGAAGAGGACGGUAAAACGUUAGUGUGAUAAGAGUCACAGGCCUCUUUUGUCGUGAUGUUCACUUAAUAUAUCUGUGUUCUGGACUUUCACACAAAGACAUGUUUAAAGGAAGGAGGUGGAGUUUGGCGAAAAUACAGUUAAAAACAGGCAAACACAAGUUUUGUCUCUCUUGUCACAAAAUGAUUGUCGUCUAAUUCUUUCUGCUGCCGUCCCAUUGCUAGCCUGCGAACGCAGACUUAUUUCCGGUCGACGCUUCUCUCCACCCGAAAAGGUGGAGAGAAGCGACGCCCACCGCUCGGUUAGCUCAGUCGGUUCAAACCCCAGCCGGACCAACACUUAGGGUCCUUAAAUAACUGGGAAGAAAGUGCUGCCUUUGUAAUUACAUCUGCAAACGGUUAGACUUUCUAGUCUUCACGGGUAAGGACGAAAAACCGUAGGUCCCGUCUCAUUGUACUUUCACUUAUUUUUUUUUUUUGGGACGUAAAGGAACCCACACCACUGUUCAAAAAGAGUGGGGGACGUAGACUCCGGUGGUGUGAUGAACAGAACCUUUCCUAGGCUGGGUGGCUUAUCUCUGCGGAGAGAUCUUAAUAAAGGAAUAACCUCAUGAUCCUCCUUCAGGUGUCGUAAUGGCUACCUGUAAUCACUGUAUGUGUGGACCUCUGCGUUCGCGGGCUAUCCUAUUGCAUACGUUCACUAAUAACGGUCAUGAUAGAUUUUAAACAAGAGGAUUACAGACAGCAAAACCAAAUCAGCUAAGCGCACCAUUGUAAGACAUUCAGAUUUUUUUUGGCUAAUAAGGAGAAUGGCGAUGGCUGAUAUUGGUGAUGAUGAUUAUUAUGAUGACGAUAACGAUGAACAGAACGACGGUGAUGAUGGCAUUGAUGUCUUUUUGUUUUUCUCUCUUUAUUCUGCCAGCUUACGAAGUCCGACGAACUGCUGACAAAACUGCGGUAUUUGAAGUCAUUAGUGGCUCCCCUGGUAGAGUCUUACUGGGUGUCGGCCUGUGCUUUGCGAUGGCUGAGUAAUCAGACAUUCUCAGGUAAAGUUCACAAAUCGCAGUUAAGAAGUAAAGACACUAAUUUAUCCUCCGUAAGGGGCUUAUUUAUUUCAAGCACGUUUGAAGAGGGGAGGGAAGGCAUUUUCAGUUUAGUGAAUCAAGGCCCUAUACUGCCUUUUAAAACAACCAGAAAAUGCUAUCAAUUCCCCGUAAAUAACUAGAACGCAAAGUUGAAAAGCUCAAGCACGUGAAGUGGGCGGUCAUGCAGCCGAAGAUAGAAAAAGUCAUAACUUCUUGUACGUAAAUCUGGUGAAUAAAUCAUACUGGAUCGGGGAAGGGAGGUUAAAGGAGGGGUGGGCUUAAUAACUUUCUUCUCCUAAAACCGGGGGACUUAAAUAAUAGAGGAUACUCUGUAGGAGGCGGAAAUAAGGGGUUGGCUCAUCGCAGACUACUCUUACUCGUGUAUUGGUAUUUUGGCCCUUACAUAAUGUCCACCUGUGUAAGAUCAACAUUGGUGGAAGGCUUGUCCCAACUGAAGCUCAUUUGUUUGUCUUUACAUUUGAUAUGGCGCUUAAGACUGGUUCGGUGAUUGGUCGAAUGGUACUAUGGGACUUGUAUUGGAGGUACAAGUUUUGACCCACUUUCCUGUGCACCUUUUUAAUAGCCAAUGACAGAAGCGAUAGCGUCUCCCAGAACAGUCCCAUAGUACAAUUUGGCACAACACCGACCCUGUGAGCCCGCGCUACUCCCCUCAGGGUGGAACAAGACUGGACCCGAGACUGCGGCGGGAAAAAAAAUUCAUACUUCGCUCCGAGGCUGAGGUAAAUGUAACAAAAGAAAUGAUUUUAUUAUUUAUCUCUGAAUUUAAGUGCUUUUUCUUUUGUUCUACACACCUCAGCCUCGAUGCUAAGUGUGAAAUUUAAUAAUUAACGAAAGUGACCUAUUAGAUGCAAGCGUUAGGCUGGUCGCAGACGAAUAUUUUUGUUUGUGUGACACUACUGCAACUCAGUAUAGGAUGCUUUGGUCACCUUUCUAAAGCUUACCCCUGGAACAGUGUCUAGCUAUGAAAAGCUUUAUUGUAAUUUACAUUCUGUUCCAAAACGUCGUCUGGUUCAAAUAAAGACCUUAAGUAAAAUCCAACUAGUGGUCUAUUAUCAGUGCUGCGUUCUUAUUGGUUGAGCUACUACUAGGCUAUAUGUUAUAGCCCACUAGUAGCGAAAAGCGCCGGCUUUGAAAACCAAAACAAUGGCGGCUGAAUCGUGUUUUGCUAGCUAAAGUUGUUUUGUCUCGAGAUUUUUGACCAACAACUUGGAUUUUACUAAAACAAUUAUUCCUUUCGUCCUCAUGGCCUCUGAGUCAAUAGGAAUAACUGUUAAAUAUUACUCGAACUAUUAAUUUUUCUCAACACCUGACUAAUUUAAAUUUGUAAUUGUGUCGUUACAGUCAAGCUAGGUCAAGCGUACCCUCACAGAUUCUAUUAAUGGGUUCAUUAUUUGAUGAUCAAACCGUUAGUGUAGGGGUUGUUAAUAAUAUACGAUUCACCCAUUUCUUCGCUCUUGCAUACGCAAUGAGCAGUGAAUUCACACGCGAGGUCGUUAAAAUUUCUCUCAGCUAAGCUUUCUUUUUUAAAUCGAUGCAAAUAUCUUCAAAGGAAUUUUAUUCGGGUGUAAGAUCUUUCAGUCUGACCGAAUUGGCAGAGAUACAGGCAGUUAAAUACAGUCUAUAUUUUACUGCUCAUUAUCGUACGCGUAGAAAUUCAUAUUUGAGUUUUAUACUGCGUCAGUAGCAGUAACGACCAACGGUUUAAUUUGUGAAUAUUACUUCAUACGUGGAAUCUGUUGGGGUACGCUUGACCUGGCUUGACUUAAAAUGUAAAAUUGCUCUUUGAGAAAUGAUGCAAGCAUUUUUGUCUUAAAACCUGGUAUUUGCCUACUAUUUCUACCGGCUCGCUAGGAUCGCUGAAAAAAAAGUCUCGGUUUUCUUUUUCGUUUGUUCAAAAACAUUUUCCCGGAUUAUUUUCUCUAUCCUUUUUAGGCCAUCCAAUCAUUAAACUGUAGAGAAAAAGAAUAAAACUGAUUUUGCUUUUUAAGCUUUGAUAUCUGAAUUCAAAUUUUACACUAACCACGGGUUAUCUUAACCCUGCUUUGAACAACCCGAUUCCGAUAUUUACGUACAAAUUCUCCACACUGGUCUCCAUACAAUUCCUUAAAGAAUAAGUUGAGAGAAUGUGAUAAAAGAUCAAAGCAUUUUCCCAUUGUUGAUCAUUUUAUUUAUUCUUAUAACCGUUUCGUUUGAUAAUGUAUGGAACAUUGUUAGGAGAAAACUGAUGUUGGUCACUCUUGGGUCUUAAAGGCUGGUAACCGUAUGAUCGCAUGGAGGGCGUUUUUCAGCAAAAGUGGGGCUCCAUCUUAUUGAAACCAUGCUUUAAAGUAACAGUGUUCAUUUUAUCUUGCUGUUGUUUAGAAACCGAGUUUUUGACAGCUCUUCACGCCUGCGCGAAGGAACGAGUUCAAGAGGAAGUGACUUUCUUUCGUAAGUAAUCACAAAAACACUGCUUCGUUUUACGGGUUACAUGUGGUAGAAAGCUGAUGGUCUCCUUAAAAUAGACCUCUUUGGCUUUUAUGUUUUGAGUUCUAAUGUAGUUCAAGUGGUAAUACUCUAGAUAGAGAACUGUUUCUUUCAAAUUUCCCCCUAUUCCCGUUCAUAUGGACGCAUAAUUUAUGAAAAGAUAGACGGUCAAAUUCCUCUGAAACCUUCAGUGGGAAAACGUAAGGCAAAAGAGGUCAAUUGGUUCUGCUGUGUUUGUGUGGAAUUGAAACAUGGGUUUAUGUCGUUUUCUAGCACGGUAACGUUUUUCUUCGGCGCCAUCAUUUCUGAAGAGAACGAUCUAAAAAUAAUACACAAUAACAACUGCUUUUGAUAACCGUUAUCUUGUUGACUCUACUUAGGUUUUGUUUUUCGUUGUGUUUUUAGCUGAGAGCUGUUCUAUGGAACCAUUAAGGAACGCGAUACGUAUCUUCAAAGAAUGGAAAGUGAUUCAAGUGGAUGCUGAUAGUAGAGUAAGCCUCUGCGACGCUUACAACGACGAAGAUGCGUUGUUUGAUGUGAUAGAGAAGAUCGGCCAGUUUAAACUGUAAAGCAAAGAGAGUUUGACUUUUUUUAACUGAUUGUAAAUUUAUGCCCUGGUGACCCGCAAUUGUUUGAGUUUGUACAAGCUGAUACAAAAAAAGUUUUAUCCUACGUCAGGGUUCUUUGUGCGGGUGCAGCUUUGCAAAGAAACAAAGCCAUAUUGACAAAAAAAAAAAAACAAGUACGUCUGGUAGUUGCCUUAAUAAUCCUUAGGCCUUGGUCAGUUUAUUUACUUAUUUUCUUUUGAAAUGGAUAAAAAUGUGAUUUUCCUGAGGCAUGAAGGCUCACGAGACAUAAUGGUGCGGUCAUUAAAAGCAAGCCGACAGUUGAGUGGUAAUACUGGUGUCCCUCCUGUCAUAUAAGAGUCAUUUCCUGCACAGCGGUAAUCAUUUAGGCAAAAGAAUAUACGGUAUGCAUAAUUUUGUUUUCUUCGAAAGAGGCUGCUAAGUGCAGCCAACCGCGAUCAUUUUUCAUGCACCCACUUGAAUGUUUUAACGAUCUUUUGACAAUCUUUUGACCCAAAGCAUUGAUAUGUUUUAUUAAAAUAACGAUC